AUGCCUGUUCGCAACGCUUUCUAUUUGUACCUGCACCAGGUGAGGAAUAUGUUGCUAUCCCAUGAGCAGUGUCAAUCUUUCAACGACGAGGGAUAUCUGAUCCUCCGAGAUGUGCUUUCUUCUGAGGAAACAGGAAAUCUCCAGAAGUGGACACAAGAGGUACAUGACUGGCCUACUGCAGAGGACUCUCCGUGGAUGCCAUAUGAGGAAAUCAAUGCUCGAGGCGAGAAGGUGCUGUGCAGAACAGAAAACUAUGCGGGCUCUCAUCCCGACUUCAACGGACUCCUUCGUGGGCGCAAGCUUUUGAGUAUACUGAGUCAACUUUCCGGUGAGGAAAUGCUGCUGUUCAAGGAAAAGAUCAAUUAUAAACUUGCCGGAAGCGGAAGUUUCGCGCCCCAUAUUGAUUCGUCAGCAUAUACACAUAUUAAGAACGUCAAACAUCUGACCAUUUUGCUCGCCGUUGAUCGAUCCGACAUGUCCAAUGGCGGGUUAGAAGUCGUGGGAGGCAGUCAUAAAAUGGAUGUGCCUAUUGGAAAAGAUAAUUGCAUCGAGCCAGAGUGGGCGACGCAACAGGAAUGGACACCUGUAACCCUGGAACCAGGACAUUUGUUGAUCUUUGGGUCUUACCUUGCCCAUCGGAGCGGCGCCAACCAUAGCUGCAAUGAUCGCAAAGCAAUUUAUGCGACAUAUAACUGUGCCAAGGAGGGCAACCUGCAUGACGAGUAUUAUGCACAUCGCAAAGUGGUCUGGCCACCGAUGCAUCUGCGAAAACAAGGCGAGCAGUACAAAGAAGGUGCUCUCAGAUAUGGGUACGGCAGCCCCAUGCUGAGCGUUGAUGCAGGAAGACAGCUCGAGUUCGGAGGCGAUCCCACGUCAAGUUCGAAGCUUGAGGCCGCCGAGACCGCAUCCCUUCUCAUGGAUAUUCUCAAGUCGCAUGGCCAGAGCGAUUAUAUUGGAGAGCCAGUGUCGCAAAUCGAGCAUUCGCUGCAAUGCGCCCAUUUGGCUGCAAACAGCGGUGCGGAUGCUAUGAUAAUUGCUGCCGCACUACUCCAUGAUAUUGGCCAGAUCAUUCCAGCGUGUGAGGCCGAAAAGCAUAUGGGCGGAGAGAAGGUCCAGAGUAUGCAACAAAAUAGCUCGAGCCCAAAAGACUCGAGGUCUUCUGAUAGCGUUGGACGUGUCUCUCAUGAAACAUUGGGAGCUCGAUAUCUGCUUGCCCUAGGGUUUCCGCCAAAGGUCGCUGAGCUUGUCGAAGCUCAUGUGCCUGCGAAGAGAUAUUUGUGUGCGACAGAGCAAGGAUACUAUGACGCCUUAAGUGAUGCGAGCAAAGAGAGCUUGACGUUCCAAGGAGGUCCAAUGGGUCCAGAAGAGGUACGAAAAUGGCGGGAGGAUAAGUGGGCAACUGAGAAGGCCAACUUGAGGAGAUGGGAUGAUGGCGCUAAAGUCGUCGAGCUGGACGUCCCUGGUCUCGAGUCAUAUAGGUCGGCGCUUGAGCAAGUGCUGAGUUCAUGAGAUGUUUCCAUAGAUUGUCCAGCCUUUGCUCCCAGACCAUUCACG